AUGUCCAGUCCGCAUCGUUUGUCCGAAAAUGCCGCACACGCCGUACCGGUGAGCGAGCCAGAAUCAGAAUCGGUGCCAUGUGCCCUGUCAGAUACUUCUGUUGCAGGCACAGGCGCUCUCACAGAUAGCCGUGUCCUUGCUGGCCCCAAUCAUGAAUAUGAUCAAGUUGAUGAUACCGAUACCCAUCAAGGGCACCGCUGUGGUCAACCCCCCGCUGUCGCUGUCGCUGUCGCUGUCGCUGAUCCCAUAGCCGACAGCAUGACUGCCACUACUCACACCUCUCCCUUCCUACCGCCACCCUCUGCAGACAAGGUGCCCAACAACGUGCCUGAUUCUGAUCCUCAUCCUGAUCCUGAGCAUGUUCCUGUUCCUGAUUUUGAUCCUCCCUCUGAUUCUCAUUACUUGCCCCAUGGUGAUGCCAAUGCCAGGGACACUCUAGACCAGACCGAUACAGUCCCCAUCGCCUCUGCCUCUGCCCCCAGUAAUAAGAAGGCUCGUGGCCCUGGUCCCAUACCGAGGCAAUCAGGUCCUUCCUUGCUGACCCAAGCCUUGGCUUCUGCCCGUGGUAUCACAAACCUCAAGCAGUCAAAAUCCUUCUCUCCCUCAACCAUCUCUCCUUCUACAUCAUCCUCCACCACAACCCUUACAACCACUUCUAUUCCUGGUGUUCGACAGUCUAACCCAAACACAACCGCCACACCCUCGGCGACUAUCUCGACUUCCACAUCGCCCACCGCGCAGUCGAGUCUCUAUUCACUGACAGGACCACCAACAGCACCAGCGACCCUCGCCUCCCAACACGAUCGCGAUAGCGCCUCAUACCCCUUCGAGUCUGUCCAACACAAUGUACCCGCUCAGCGCACCGCUCCUCGACCGUUAACGAGAGCCACCUCUGAAUCUAUCAACAUGGGAACAUCUACAACCACUACCACAAUGACGUCGCUCGCCCCUCGCGAGGCUGCGAGCGUCCCUUCAUCCUUCAACCACUCAACCCUUACCACACUUCGAGGUGCUCUUGACCACCGCGAAAUGAAUGGGUCCCGUGGCAAGACUUCAACAUCUCUAGACUUAGAGAGACAGUCGGCCGACUCUUACCACCUUCCAAUUACAACAUACACUGCUGCCCUUCCCGAUCGACAGGCCCAAUUCGAGACUUGCUCGCCUACCAAGACACCUGCGCCGACACGGACAGAAGACGCCAGAAACAUCCAGGCCAGGCCAGUGCCGUGGGGGAAGUUGCCGCCACACUGGACGAGCAAUGGCAAUGAAAAGACCGAAAAAAUAUGGUCAAUUGGUUCUGCCGAAGGCCACGAGGAGGAUGGAUUGGUAGAGAAGUCCGUCACCGAGGCCAUGGCUGGUCUGGAACACAAUGCUCGCAGUCGCAAAUCGAGCUACAGCCUGCGAUUCUUCAAAGAAGGGCUGCCACCCGAGGACAAACUCCGUCGCAAAGACAACAAGACUCCCAAAGAGAAGUUGCCUCCUCUCGAGGAGGGUCUUCAGAAUUCUUCGCGCGAAGCGCCCCAGUCUGCGACUUCCGACAAGGAUUCGACACCCACUCGCCCUCCACCGGAAGAUCGCGAACCUUCUUUCUUGCUGUCGGAUCCACUCGACGAGCAUCCUAUUAUUAGCACAUCGCCUAGCGACGGAUAUUUCUCACUGCCAGUCAGCAACUCACUGGAGUCCGAUGAGGUUACGCCACUGCAAGUGCAGCCAUCAUCUCAGGUCAAAGAUGCACAAGAGCAGACCAGAUUGGUGGAGCCGGCUUGUUCUGUGGGACCGACUCCGGCUGCAGAUGCCGAGGUCACCCGUGAACCCGAAUUAGUGGAUGAGAGACGAGACUCGGCCGACAGCUCCCAUACUGAAGUCGGAUCUCGUGAGGAUGGGGAAGCCGACGAAUCUGGGGAAGAAAAGAUCUCGUCUGCUGUUUUCCUGCCCCACCAAGAGGUGCAGAAACCCGGUGUAAGUGAGCCGCAGGACCGCAUUGCGGCCCGUAGUAUCCGUGUUCGCUCCCUGUCACAAAGUAAUCAACGUCCGUGGCUCGUCAAAGCCGAUGAACCUGAGCCUGAAGCCAUUGAUGAGACGGAUGAACCGCCUUACGGUAUUUCUCGUCAUCCUUCCCGUGAGGCACUGACCCUGACACGCGGUGAUCUUGUCCCUGCGCGAGGUGAAGAAGGCGCUGUCAUUGAGGAAGAAAUCACAGUGACAUCCGACUCCUUAAAACAACCGCAAAUCGUGAGCCAGUAUGAAGACCAUGUCCAUGAUUAUCAGCACGACCCUCAAGAGCCUCUUGAGGCGAUUGAGCUCAUUCCGUAUAAGCAUCAAGUUGGUGGCCACACCACCCUCUGGAGAUUCUCUCGAAGGGCUGUUUGUAAACAACUCAACAAUAGGGAAAAUGAGUUUUACGAGACUAUCGAGAGAUACCACCGUGAUCUGUUGCCUUUCCUUCCUCGCUAUAUUGGUGUGCUGAAUGUCACUUUCCAAAAGCAGGCGCGCCGAAAGAGCACGUCCAAAAAGGACGAUGCUGCAGCGGCCGAGCGAAAGAAGGCGCAGGAAAAGCUUGAAGCUUGUAGGCACGAACUGGAGCAGUCUGAGGAGCAAGCGAAGCCCGAGAGACCAACAGGCAGAGUCAUCAGCCAAUCCCUUGCCAACAGCAACAUCCCUGUCCCGACAGUGACUUUCGACGACAACAGGCACAUUUUGCCCCGAAACCUACUUCAGCCGAUGCCUUUGCCAAGGGAAUAUCGACGACAGAGCAUUUCAACAUCAACCCUGUCAAACCGCUGCGUCCCCUCCUCCGGAACAUCGGGUAGGCCGACCCUGGACGAGCGACCCAACAGUUGGGGCGCUACCAUGGUCAACAAGCGAUUGAGGAACGAGGUCUUUAACGACGCAUUCCUUAAAGAACCCGUCAAGAUUCACAGACAUCGCCGACCGCAUCAGCGAUCCAUUCCGCGUCCAACUUUGCAACGUCUUUUGCGAUCCACCAAUUCCGACCCUGCCUUGAUUAAGAGCGACUCGCCGUUCAUGGAUGAGCAUGACGCAAACGCCCAUUGCCACUCGGAACGGAAGAUCUCUCAUCAUUACUCGCACAGUGAUCUUGGACCUGGCAUGGAUGGCAUGGACGAGUUUGUGCAGUCAGAACCUGAGCAGGCCCCUGAAGAAGUCAAGGAUGUGACGGGAACCAGCGCUCCUGAGCCCGAAACGCUCAAGGACAAUCCCCUUGCUGCUAAGAAGAAGCGUAGGUAUUCAGCUGGUGGCCUUCGUCGCAAGCCUGAAGACGUUAGAGAACCGAGAGGCGACUUGAAGUACUUUGAGGAAGCCGAUGAUGCUGGAUACAAGGGCGACAACGAGGAUAAGCCUAGACGACAUUCGAAAGCUCACCAUGAAGGACAUCACGCUUCGGAAGCAAACGGCACCCAUCACCAUUCACAGUAUAUUGAACAACUGAAGCCGGAACACGAGUUCGCUAUUGAGUCAACAGAGCCUGCUCCGGCUCUUGAUGAUGCCUCGGAGUUCACAAAGAUACCCAGACCAGUCAAUCCGAAAGAGGCCAAGACCCAAAAGGAUCGUGUUGAGUACUUUUUGCUCUUGGAAGAUCUUACAUCGGGAAUGAAGAGGCCUUGCAUGAUGGAUCUCAAGAUGGGCACUAGGCAAUAUGGUGUGGAGGCCAGUCCGAAGAAGCAAAAGUCGCAAACGGAAAAGUGCCGAAACACGACAUCAGCCGAGUUGGGAGUCCGAAUUUGCGGUUUACAGGUGUGGAAUGCCGAGAAGCAGACGUACGACUUCCAGGACAAGUAUUACGGCCGCAAGCUCAAAGUUGGAAACGAGUUCCAGGGCGCAUUGCAAAAGUUCCUAUACGAUGGCCAGGACUUGCAUAGCAUUUUACGACACAUUCCAGUUGUGCUUAAGAAGCUUGGGCAACUGGAGCAAAUUGUGAGCAAGCUGGGCGGAUAUCGCUUUUACGCAGCGAGUUUGCUCAUGUUUUACGACGGUGACACAUCGGAGGAUGAGGACUACGAGACUAUGUACGAAUCAACUACCGACUGUGCCACCGAUACCGAGGAGAUGCCACGCAAGAAGGCGAAAAGCAAGAGGGAGAUUGAUUUCAAGAUUGCCGAUUUUGCCAAUAGCGUCACCCCCUUCGAUAACAUUGACGACAAGCCAUGCCCCCCACAGCACCCUGGUCAACCUGAUGGUGGGUUCCUCAAGGGCCUUCGAAGCCUUCGAAGAUACUUCCUUCAGAUCCAACGGGAUGUGAGGCAGGAGCUGGGGCUUGAUCCAUACGGACGAUUCUCGAACCAUAUGGAUUACGCCGAUUUCGACGCUGAGCACGGGGUGGCCAGUCUUUAG